AUUGAUUUUUAGUCCUUGUAUUUUAUUUAGUAAUGAUUUAUUCUGAUUAUACAGGUUACCCUUUCCCUACUGCUCCUCCUGUGGACCCAUUCGCAAAAAUCAGAGUGGAUGACUGUGGAAAAACCAAGGGAUGCUUCAGGUAUGGUAAACCUGGAUGCAAUGCAGAGACUUGUGACUACUUCCUGAGUUACCGCAGAAUAGGAGCUGAUGUGGAAUUUGAGUUGAGUGCUGACACAGAUGGCUGGGUGGCAGUGGGAUUUUCCUCAGACAAGAAAAUGGGAGGAGAUGAUGUCAUGGCUUGUGUUCAUGAUGACAAUGGAAGAGUCCGAAUACAGCACUUCUAUAAUGUUGGUCAGUGGGCUAAAGAAAUCCAGAGAAAUCCUGCUAGAGAUGAGGAAGGGGUUUUUGAAAACAAUCGUGUAACGUGUCGAUUCAAGCGUCCUGUGUAUGUUCCCCGAGAAGAAACCAUCGUAGAUUUGCACUUGAGUUGGUACUAUCUGUUUGCUUGGGGUCCAGCAAUCCAGGGUUCUAUAACUCGUCAUGACAUAGACUCUCCACCCGUGUCAGAGCGUGUUGUCAGUAUUUACAAGUACGAAGAUAUUUUCAUGCCUUCGGCUGCCUAUCAGACCUUCUCCUCUCCAUUCUGCUUGCUCCUCAUUGUUGCACUGACCUUCUAUUUAUUGAUGGGAACCCCAUGACCAAUGGAAAAUAGCAAGAAUUUGGCAGUGGAAGUUUCUCAGGAUGGACGGCUAUAUGGAUGGACAAUGCAUUUUUCUAUUGGAAUUUAUAUCACAUCACCAUCCUCAUCUAGCUGCUUUUGAACAUAGCUUCUCAGAAGAGUGACAUAACCAUCUCCCUUGAGUGGCAGAGUGGUGACAAAUCAUUUAAGAAUAAUCAGUGAACACAUAGGAGAAUAUCUUCAGUGUUGUGAUUUUACUUGCUUAAGGAAAAUGAGACUUUUGUAAAAUCAAUGUGUGUGUGUGUGUGUGUUUGUGUGUUUGGGAGGGGUGCCUGUAUGUGUGUUUAGGUUAAUUUAGUGAUGGAUAUCUUAUCAAAUAACAAAAUUGCCUUCCAAAUUGCUACAAAAAAGCAAAUUUGGGAAAAUACUGCAAUGCUGUUUGGUAUUUCUAGAGCAGAGAGCACACCUCCAAGUGCAAUUUCUGGUCUUAAGGUCUGGAAACCAACACAGCAGUGUGAAAACCUGCCCUUCAGUAGUGGACAGUUCUCCCUAUUUCAUUUUUUUUCAUAUUUAUGAAAGUGUACUUGCUGUGGUACUUUCCAAAACUAAACUUGCAUAUUCAAGCAUUAGCAUGUUUUUUUUUUUCAACAGAAAGAGGUGAUGAAUGUCUUUUUUGUGUUUUAAUAGCCUCAUUGUGAGAAAUGGCUACUUCUUUUAAAAGUGAGAUAUAAAGUAAUUUAAACAAGGGGAAGGGAGAAUACAGCAAUAUAAAUUCUCCAUACACAGGAAAACCAGGUGUAAAACAUGCAGAAUAUAAAAGUUCCCAACAAGCCAUAGGAUGUCCUCCUAAUAGAUUAAAUCAAUUAUUCUCUUUUUAUGAAAAAACCAGCAAUUUUGCUGAUAUGUAAAUAUAUUUUUAAGUAAUUGUGCCGUAGUAUGAAGUAAUCUCUUUUUCUGUGUUGUAUGCCACUAAAUCCUGUUCAUGUUAAGGGUGACUGUGGGCAGCUGGUGUCACCUUACAGAGAAAUAUAAAUGAGAUUACUUGUAAGGAAAGACAGGGAUUAAUAGGAACAGCAUUAUCUUUCGUUCAUCAAACCACUGCUAAAAUAUAGAUAAUGUGGAAAAAGAUGAGCUCAAAAGGGAAAAAAAUAGCUGUCUUUAUCACCAAUAAAUAGUAGAAGAGGAAAGCUAAGUAUUACAGAGAUGAGAAGUGUCAAAAUGCAUUUAUGAGUCACAGAAUAUUAUAAAAACUUUGAGUGGAGAAUUUCUGUUCUUCACAUAAUAGGAAGUGUAUGACAUGUUUACAUGUCACAGUCAAAGGUGCUUAGGUAAGGUUACUCAUUCACUUUCCAACUUACACAAAAAUUCUACUUAAGUAGAAUUGAAAUCUAAAUAGUGCCAAAAUUUUGUCUCGUAUGGUACACUUGAGGACUCUCUAACAUAGAAUAUGGUAAAGUAUAUGUAAUGCAACUCCUUUCUAUUCUCAUUGCUGCAUGAAGUAUAAAAUGAUUAACUAGCUUUGCUGGGAUUGUGCCAUUAUUCACAGAUUGGUGUUUGUAGU